GUUAGAUUGUCGUGUGCAAUGAUGGCAUGCCCCUCGCCAAUCAGUGCACGUCCUCCCAUGCCGAUACGUUCGUCCGUUAUCUCUUGUCACAUGCUCAGAAUAAACUGGUGUGCACUCAUGUGCUAUCCCUCUGGGCCUCUGAUAUGUAAUUCCCGACCCCAGCGAGCCCAACACAAGCUAACCAUGUGCUCUUCUGUAUGAGUUUUCACAUAAAAGGACUCGUUAUUGCAACCAGCCUUCUCCGUUGCGUUUGGAUUAUCCGGACACAUUCCAGCAGCCAUGUUCGUCAUCGCACCAUUGCUCACCGCUGUCCUCGCGCUGUCCAUCGCGGCCAGUUCGGUUGAGAUUCCCUCGCCGUCGAUUACGCUACCCUUCGCGCGGAGCCUCAACACACAGGGUGGUACCGUCAGCCUCCUGCAGCAUGAUCAAGCUCGUGCAGCCGCUCUCCGUGAUCGGGGAAAUGCCAUUGCGGCAGGAAGGCUUUACCGCCGCCAGGGCAGCAUACCCGUCACUAACGAAGCAUUCUCUUACAUUGCAGCGGUCGGCGUUGGUAGUCCCGCCACUACUUACAAGCUAAUCGUUGAUACUGGAUCUUCAAAUACUUGGGUUGGAUCCGGAACUCCCUACAAAGUAACGAGCACCAGCGUGAACACUGGCGAACUCGUGUCCGUCACCUAUGGCUCUGGAUCCUUCUCUGGGACGGAAUAUACCGACACUAUUACUCUUGGGUCUCUUACCAUAACCAAACAGUCGAUAGGUGUUGCUUCGAAGUCAAGCGGUUUCCCGGGAGUAGAUGGCAUCCUUGGAAUCGGUCCGGAAGAUUUGACCGAGGGAACUUUGACUAAUGAACCAUCCACCGAAAUACCUACCGUCACCCAGAACCUAUACACGGAGGGCAAGAUUCCCGCCGAAAUUGUUAGCGUUUCCUUCGAGCCUAUCACCAGCACGUCAUCUAUGAACGGAGAGUUGACGUUUGGUGGUGUUGACUCUAGCAAAUACAGCGGUACCUUGAACUACACUCCUCUCACUACCACGAGCCCUGCCUCGUAUUACUGGGGUAUUAACGAGAGCAUUGCCUAUGGUUCGACGACCAUCUUGCCGACGACUGCUGGUAUUGUUGACACCGGUACUACUUUGAUCCUCAUAGCCACGAACGCCUUCAACGAGUACAAGUCCUUGACUGGUGCCGUGAGCGAUCCCGCCACCGGCUUGUUGCGAAUCACCACUUCGCAAUACAACGCGCUUCAGAACCUCUACUUCAACAUUAACGGUGUCACCUACACUUUGACUCCCAAUGGCCAGAUCUGGCCCCGUUCCCUCAACGCAUACGUCGGCGGUAGCUCGUCUUAUGUGUACCUCAUCGUCAACGACAUUGGAUCAAAGUCUGGCUCUGGUCUAGAUUUUAUUAACGGCCAGACGUUCCUCGAGCGGUUCUACAGUGUCUUCGACACCACCAACUCUCGCGUCGGCUUCGCCACGACACCCUAUACUGAUGCUACCACAAACUGAACAUUU